AUGCCGCCUCGUUUUCCCCGAAACCUCCAAUCCCUUGCACGUCCGCUGGUCUCAUCUACCUCUCCUUUUCGAACCCUCUCCACGACCCCUCGCACCUUAGCAGCAAACCAAGACCCUGACCGUCACCCUCACCCUCAGCGAGAUGCACAAUUAGACCGCGAGAAGAUGAACCCUGAGGCGACGGAAUACUCGAAAUCUGGCACCGACGAUACCUCCGCCGCCAACGAAGAAGCUGCCUUUGACCCCAACAUCACGGAUCCGCAAGAAGCAAAGAAGAAAGCUGGAGAAGGAAAUCAAGUCAACCCACUGGAUGCAUCCCCAGCCAAUCCGGAUAUCAGCCAAGGCACAGCAGAGGAAGAAGGAGGAGCCAAGAAGAAGAUGUCAGAAGGCGGAGGUGGGAGAAAAGGUGAAGAGAGCACUUGA